CUAAGGCCGGAUUACAUACCCUUCAGCUUCCGAACUGUACGCGAGUAUCAACGCGACGCAAGCAAUGCCUGCAAACCCAACACUCAGCAUUUACCCUUCCGGCUUGCAGAUGUGCUUCUGAGAACUUGGGAUCUGGGAUUUACUGCUUUUGGCGGACCACCUGUGCAUUUCCAGAUCUUGCAUCAACGAUUCGUUGAAAGCAAAGGUGCAUAUGCUGCAUGGGUUGACGAACAAACUCUCUUCGCCGUUGCGCAAGCCUUACCCGGACCAGCAAGUACGAAAAUGCUAUUUAGCCUUGUCAUGUACCAUGCUGGUCUAGUAUGUGCUGUCUUUGCCUUCUUGAUCUGGAGUCUUCCUGGAGCUGUAGGCAUGUUCUUGCUCUCAAUCGGUGUUGGCAAAAUCAAGGAUGUACUGCCGGGCCCUGUGUAUGGUCUUCUAUCUGGCUUGAAUGCGUCGACGGUCGGCAUCAUUGCCCUAGCAGCUGUACAGCUUGCGGCUAAAGCCAUCGUUGACCCUCUUUCUCGCAUCUUGGUCAUCUUCGGUGCGUGUGCUGGACUUUGUUACACGGCACUGUGGUACUUUCCCGCUUUGGUAGGUAUUGGUGGUGUUGUGGCAGUAGUCUGGGAUCUUUACCUCAGCCGCGCGAUCUGUAAACUUCGUGCCAAACGGCAGCAAAGGCGUAUCAACCAACAGCGCGCGGUGGAAGAGAGCGAUCCAAUCACCACAACAAGCAUCCCACUUCAGGACAUGUCUUCAACACAAGCAUCGUCAUCUCAGAGACGAAUUGCGACCCAAGAGCAACCCUCUAAGCAGCUGACCACGAAUGCCGAAGCUGCCGAGCGUAUCGCGGAAGAUAUACCAGAAACACAAGCUCACACCUACGCUUUGUCCAUAUGGCAAAGUAUCUCAAUCUUCUUGCUGUUCUUCGCCUCCUUCGCCGCAGUCCUCGCUGCGCGUGGUGCUUUGAUGGCUCCGCCCUUGGUCCUCGAUCUCUUCGCAAACAUGUACCUAGCAGGCACUAUCAUCUUUGGUGGCGGUCCUGUCGUCAUCCCUCUGCUCAGAGAGUACACUGUACAACCUGGCUGGGUCUCUUCUCGCGACUUCCUCAUAGGUCUAGCCAUCAUCCAAGCAUUUCCCGGUCCCAACUUCAACUUUGCUGUCUACCUUGGUGCUCUGGCUGUUUCUUCUCAUACGCAAGGACUAGCUGGUGCGGUACUGGGUUUCAUCGGUAUAUUCCUUCCCGGCCUUGUUCUCAGCACAGCUGUAUCAGGUAUCUGGCAGAUUGUGCGCACCAAAGCUCUCGUUGUAAGUGUGCUUAGAGGCAUCAAUGCUACAGCAGUUGGGUUGGUAUUUACUGCUGUAUACCGUCUCUGGGAGAUUGGAUACUUGACUCCAGAUUCCGGCCGAGGCAAAUCUUUGGCUAAUGACCCUUGGUGGGUUGUUGUUGCGGCUGUCACAUAUUCUGGCGCAGCUUGGUUCGAGGUACCUCCUGCACUGGCAAUUCUUGCAGGUGCUGUGCUCGGAUUGUGCUGGUAUGGUGCAGUCGGGAAGCAAGUCUUGGGACUAUAA